GGAACAAUGUCUGCCGUCUCCCUCCUCCUGCUGCUGCUCCCUCUGGUGUCAGCUCAGACCUAUCACUGGGGUCCCUGUCCUGAUCCUAAGGUGCAGCCCGGCUUCAACGUGGAACAGUACCUGGGUAGGUGGUACGAGAUCGAGAAGCUCCCUGCUUCCUUCGAGAGAGGAAAGUGCAUCGAGGCCAACUACGCCGUGAGGAAAGAUGGAACCAUCCGGGUGUUAAACACCCAGUUCUAUAAAGACAAAGUGAGGCCAGCAGAGGGGACAGCAGUGAUUCAAGACCCGAGAGAACCUGCCAAACUUGGAGUCAGCUUCUCAUACUUUACUCCUUAUAGCCCCUACUGGAUUCUGACCACUGACUACACCAGCCUGUCUGUUGUGUACUCUUGCACCGACAUCCUCCGCAUAUUCCAUAUCGACUAUGCCUGGAUCCUCGGCCGGUCCCGCUUUCUGCCUCCAGAGACCGUGCAAUAUGCCAAAGAACUGCUGAUCAAUGAAGGAAUCGACCUGUUCAGGAUGAAGGCCACAGAUCAGACAGGCUGCAAGGAUGACUAGGGAUUCAUGGAGACUUCCACUCCAGUGCACUGUAACCAGUCACAGCACUCAGAUGAGGCAGAGCUGAAUACCUGAUCAACCAGACUGGGCAGUUUAUCAUCAUAUCAAACAUACUGCUAAUUCCAAGUCACAAGACAAUGCAGUUUUUGAUAAUAUAUCUGCAUCUCACUUUUGCUGCCUAUGUUAUUGCAUUUUAUAAAUUUAGAAAAAUACAUAGUGAAAAUAAUAAAAACAAAAGUAUUUAGCUU